GGUGAGUAAUCUUCCUCCAUUUUAACAUUAAUUUUUGUUUAAAACUUCUUUUUUAGCGAAUCUCUAAUCCCGCAAAGGUUGUUUGAUGACGGUGACAAGCUGGUAUAUGUUGCCGACAUUCUCUUGGACGAGUUUUCGCGGCUACUAAACUCGGCUGUCCGUUAUGUUUUCAUCACCUGUGAACGGCUUCGACCGGAGUUCACCACACUCCUCAAGGAUUACAUCGAGAACGUUGCCGGCAGAGGAGAAGUGCUUGUACGUAUUGGUAGCAAACAAAUCGAAUUCUCAUAUGAUCGCGGAACAUCCGAACUGUUCUGCUCAACCGUAGAAUAG